CGUGUGUUCUCAUUCUUUCCCACCCACGCUCCACCUCUCUCCCUCCGCCUUCCUCCGCCUCACCCAACUCCUCCACCUUUCUCUCCGAUCUCCGAGACAAAGCAUCUCUUCUUUUUUCUAAGCGUGAUCUCAAUCGGACCGGAGAACUCCGACUUUGCCGGCGAAGAUAUCGGCGGUUCUUCCGAGAAAAGGAACUUCGAUUUUGGACCGAGCCAGUGUCACCACAUAUUGUUGUGCGCGGUUUGGUUUGAAGUAGUGAGAUCUGGCGGUGGAGUUCGGAGUUAGGACCAGUAUGACUGCCGGCGGCGGUAAUCAGUUGAUCUCUGUUCAACCCAACGACCUGAAAUUCAAUUUUGAGCUUCAAAAGCAAAGCUCUUGUGACCUCAAGGUUGUGAACAACACAGAACACCAUGUUGCUUUUAAGGUUAAAACAACUUCACCUAAGAAGUAUUUUGUACGACCAAACACUAGUGUUGUACAGCCUUGGGACUCAACUGUCAUUAGAGUUACCCUCCAAGCCCAGAGCGAAUAUCCACCAUCUAUGCAAUGCAAAGACAAAUUUCUUCUACAGAGUACUAUUGUACCUGCACAUACUGAUGUUGAUGAGCUAGCGCCAGACACUUUUAAUAAGGAGAGUGGUAGGGUGAUAGAGGAGUGCAGGCUUAAAGUGUUCUACAUACGGCCAAAUUCAACUUCAGAAGAUGAAGGAUUAAGAAACUCCACACAAAGCCCUGAUUCAAAUUCUGCUUUACAGUGCCUGAAGGAUGAAAGAGAUGCAGCAGUUAAACAAACAAUGCAACUGCAACAGGAAGUGGACUUGAUGAAGAGACGGAGACAUCGAAAAGGUGACGCGGGCUUCUCUUUCACUUUUGCAGUCUUUGUGGGACUCAUUGGAAUCAUGGCUGGCUUUCUCUUGAAUCUUUCCUUGUCUUCAACACCAACGGAAUGAAUCUACCACGUUACAACAAUGGGAGUAAUUUUUUUUCCUUCUUUCAAUUUGUCUGUGUAAUUAAUUCCUAGUCCUCGGUGGGAAGGAAAGUUCCCAUCUCUUCCCUUUGUACAUUUGGUUUGCGGAUCAUGUCUUGAUGAUCACUUCAUUUGCUGAAGUACAUUUAUUUCCCAUUAACAAUGCUCACUUGGAAUUUACACUCUUCGCUGAACAUCUCUAAAACCCAAGAUUAAUUAGGUUGGAAGUGAAGGAGGAACUCCAACUUGAGAUUUUCGUUUCCCUCGUCUACUUAAAGUUUAAAAUAAAGGUAUUGUCUAAUAUGUACAAUAAAUGGUGCAACAAAUGUGUAUUUUGCAA